AUAAGCCUACUUUAUUGGACUUCUUUCUUUUCGUGCAUUUACUUCUGAUCGGCAUUUUAUCUAUUUAUACACUUCAUACUAUGCAACAUCAAUAAACACUGAAGAGUAAAUAUACAUAGUAAAGAAAGUGUAAAUGGAGAUUAUAUGGCAAUUAUCCCUCUUUUUAAUACCUAUAUUUUUCGUCUUAACAUUACUUAAACCAACAUCUAAAAAACCAAACUUACCACCAGGACCUCCAAAAUUACCCAUAAUUGGAAACUUACACCAAUUAUCAUCUAAGAAAACGCCUCCACAUGAGGUCAUAGAGAACCUAGCAAAGGUGUACGGCCCUAUCAUGCACCUCCGCCUAGGGGAAGUUUCGGCCAUAGUAAUAUCUUCACCUGAAUUGGCAAAGGCGGUGCUACGUACACAUGACGCCAACUUCGCAAACCGGCCCGAGAUUAUGGUCGGGAAGUAUGUUUACUUUGAUAGCAGUGACAUUGGGUUGGCCCCAUACGGUGAGUAUUGGCGGCAGGUACGUAAGAUCGCCACGCUCGAGCUUUUUACGAUGAGACAAGUUCAGUCGUUUCGGGCUGUUCGGGAAGAGGAGACUUACAACAUGGCUAAGUCUCUUGCUUCCAUGGCAGCUAAAGGUUCUGUGGUUAAUCUCACUAAAGUUCUGUUUGGACUUAUUUUUGACAUAACCUCCAGAACGGUAUUCAAUAGGAAAGGGACCGAUCAAGAAGCUUUUAGAGCAUUAAUAACAUGGAUUUCACAAAACCACACUGGAUUUGCAAUUGCGGAUAUAUUUCCUUCAUUGAAGUUUCUCCAUUCAAUCGGAGGGACGAUCAAAGAAAUGGAAAUGAUGGUUGAAGAAGCAAAUAAAAUUCUUGAUCCCAUAAUAAAUCACCACAAAUUCUCCGAGAAAAAUGAUCAGAAGGAGUACUUGCUUGAUGUUCUUAUGAAAUUUCACAAAGACAAUGUUAAGAAUACUUCUGACUUUUUUCUAACCACCAAUAACAUCAAGGGCAUAAUCUUGGAAAUUUUUGGUGCGGGGAGCGAAACAUCUUCACUAGUAAUCGAGUGGGUUAUGGCAGAAUUAAUAAAGAAUCCAAAGGCAAUGGAAAAGGCACAAUAUGAAGUUAGAAAAGUACAAAAAGACAAAGGCAUGGUUGACGAAUCAAGCUUAGAAGAACUCAAAUUCUUAAAAAUGGUAGUGAAAGAAACAAUGAGAUUACACCCUCCUGCACCUUUCUUAGUCCCAAGAGAAACCAUCGAGCAUUGUCAACUACAAGGCUAUGACAUACCUGCUCGAACUCGAGUUGUAGUUAAUGCUCGAACAAUCGGAAGAGAUCCCAACUAUUGGUCUGAGGGUGAUAAAUUUAAGCCUGAAAGAUUUGAGAAAACUUCAGUCACUUAUAAAGGAAAUGAUUUUGAGUACAUUCCUUUUGGUGCAGGAAGAAGAAUUUGUCCUGGUAUGGGAUUAGCUAAUGCAAAUAUUGAGCUAUGUGUAGCUACUUUGUUAUACCAUUUUGAUUGGAAGUUACCCAAUGAAAUGGCACCAGAAGAUCUUAAUAUGGAUGAAGUAUUUGGAUUAUCGGUGAGGAGGAAAGAUGAAUUGCAUGUGAUUCCAACUUUGUUUGAGAAUUCAUGUUUUAAAAUAUGAUCUUCAUGCAACUUUCAUGAUUACACUUGGUGAUUUUAUUGAAAAAAUAUACUCUGUUUAUAAAGAGUUUAAUGUGAUCAGUCGUGCAAUAAUGAUACUUAUUUAGUGUAUAAUAAUUAAUAAAGGGAUUAGUAUGUUGUAUGUUGAGUAAAUAUACAAUGUAUUAUUGGAGUUUAUUACAUAUACUUACUUUCGUUUUAUUUGUUAUAUUUUCUUUAAGUGUUUGUUUAACCCA